AUGGCAGAUGGCAGAAUUAUUCCACAUUCUGGCAAGUUUUUCGCAUCUGCUACACAACGCACUCAAACUUGGGACGGGAUACAGCAGGAUAUAACUGGGAAGUUCUGCCAGAAGCUUGUUUAUGAGGUUGAUGCUGCGGUCCGAUUACUUGGUAACAAUGUCAAUACUACUAUUGCAGAAAUUCAGGCCACCUUGUACUGGAUCAAUCAGUCUGAAGAUAAGCGUGAAAGAUAUAUAGAGAUAGCAAAAGUGCAGGCAACAAACAAAGAAUGGGUGCAGAUGAAAGGGAAAUUUGUAAUAAAUAGUUUCGCAUCUCAAGUCAUCAUAUUUUUACAAGGUCCUUCUCCAGGCAUCGAUAUUCUUCUCAAGAGCUUGGUUGUGAAACAAGCAGCUAAAGAAACUCCGUCUCCUCGUCCAAUGAUUAAGGAUCCAGGAUAUGGUGUCAAUAUAAUUACGAAUAACAACCUUAAUCAUGGAUCAUUAUCUGGGUGGUUUCCACUCGGUAACUGCAGACUUAGUGUUGGAAAAGGCUCACCUCUUGUUCUUCCUCCCAUAGCUAAAGAAUCCCUUAGAACUCAUCAUCGUCAUCCUUUAAGUGGUAGAUACAUUAUUGCGAAAAAACGUACAAAAAAGACUACGGGUCCAGCUCAGAUGAUCACAGGCAAGGUUAAACGCUAUCUUACAUAUCAGGUAUCUGCAUGGGUUCGAAUUGAUCAUGCAGGUUCAGGGAAUUCUAGUACUCCUCAGAUUGUGCGACUUGAUCUUGGUGUGGAUGAUCAAUGGAUCAAUGGAGGACAAGUCGAGCUAGUUGAUGAUGAAUGGCACGAAAUUGCUGGUUCUUUUCGGAUUGAAAACGAACAACCAGCUGCCAAAAUUAUGGCUUGCAUUUGGGUCCUGAUCCUGGGGUUGACUUAA